AUGUCAAGAAGUUUGUUCCUUAGUAUUGUUGAUGCAGUGAAAGAUCAUGACUAUUACUUCCAACGACGAAGUGAUGGACUUGGUAGAAUGAGAUUAUCAUCGUUACAGAAAGUAACAGCUGUUUUUCGCAUGUUGGCAUACGGUCUACCAGCUGAUGCUACAGACGAAUACAUUAAAAUAGGUGAGUCAAAAGCAACUGAAAGUAUGAUAAAAUUUUAUCUUGCUAUGGGGGAGAUAGUCGCAGAGCGGUAUCUACGAACACCUAACGCUAAUGAUAUUGCUAGGCUACUCUAUAUUGGACGUAAUGGAUCACCAACUAUUAUCCUUGAAACUAUAGCAGAUUAUGAUCUUUGGAUAUGGCACGCAUAUUUUGGUAUGUCGGGCACCAAUAAUGAUAUCAAUGUGCUGGAAUCAUCUAAUUUUUUCUCUAAUCUUGCUCAAGGUACUGCUCCUCCCGCUCACUAUGUUAUUCAAGGAAAAGAGUAUAAUGUGGGUUAUUAUUUAGCUGAUGGUAUAUAUCCAAAAUGGGCUACUAUUGUACAAAUAAUCCAACAGCCACAAGGUAGGAAGAAAAAAUAUUUUGCCAUGAAACAGGAAGCAUGUAGAAAAGAUGUAGAACGUGCGUUCGGCGUUCUCCAAUCUCGAAUUGCAAUUGUGGCAGGAUCAGCACGUUUUUGGAAAAAAUAUGUAUUACAUGAUAUAAUGAGUGCAUUUAUUAUUAUGCACAAUAUGAUAAUCGAGGAGAACGUGAUCUUUAUGCACCAAUUUAAGAAGUGA